CCCCAGCCCCGAGCCGCCCAGAGAGGCGGAGAUGGACAACGGGAUGAACUCUUCCAGCUCGCAGAUUCACUACGAAUACUACCUGGACUAUGUGGAUCUGGUGCCCGUGGACGAGAGGAAGCUCAGUGCCAACAAAUACUCCAUCGUCAUCGUCUUCUGGGUGAGCCUGGCGGCCUUCGUGGUGCUUCUCUUCCUCAUCCUGCUCUACAUGUCCUGGUCAGGCUCAGCCCCGCUCAAGAACUCCGGCUCCCGCCCCAAGUGCCUGUGGAGUCGCCUUCUCGACCAGCUUGUCCAGAGGCGGGCCGGCCCCUCCCUGGACAGGAGCCGCGUCCGCGGGUCUGAAGAGAGCAGCCGGAACUGCGAGCGGCCCCCGGCUGAGGGCAGCGGCUGUGCCCCUGCCGUACCCGCUCCCCCGGCCCCACCCUCCAGCCCCUUGGCCCGUGGCGAGAGCCUCCCGGUCUGAGACCCAAAGUCCGGAGCUCACCGGACUCACGGCGGGAAGGUUCCCCUGGAGCCCAGCUCGCUCAAUGGCCAGUCCGGUCGGUGGGCCUCCUUCCUGGAGCGCUAAGGUGACUUGGGCCAGCCUGUAGGUCCCGCCCCCGCCCCCCGCCCGGCCCCCCAAUCGUCCCAAACGCCAACAGGGGAUGCGG